GUCAGCGUGGAUGGAAGUCAGCGUGGAUGGAAGUCGUGAACCCAGGUCUCAGUUUAAAAGUUACCAUGACAGGCCAUCGCUGACCACCAUGUAGCCAGCUCAAGCUUCUUCCAAACCAACAAGCACUCACUUAAGGCUCAAGUACUACUGCAUGCAGGCAUUCUGUGCAUGUCUGGGGUAUUUGAAUUGAAGAACACUUAACGCUUUUAAAGGAACCUGUCAGAACCAGUUGCUGCCUUGUGCCACGAUAAGCCCAAUGACACCAUAAUUUUAAGACUUAAUAAAAGAAGAUAGAAAUCUAGAUUUUUUUUUAAAUACAAUUUUUAAAUGCUACUUUUAAACUGUAUAGGCCAAACGAAACAUUUAUAUAGGCUGAAUUCAGCCUGUGGGCCUCCAACUUGCAACCACUAUUUCCUAGAGACUAAUAGUCUGAGGCAAAGUACAAAAUGAGUACCUCUGACAAGGUAAUAUUCCUUAAUCUUUACCUCGUGUGUACAGAUACUUUAAAACUGUCUGUCCUUAUAUUUUUCCCAGUCAACAAUAAAGCUAAGUAUCUUUUUGCAAUGUUUAAAAACGUGAAAUCAAGAAGCUUGGAAAAAGAGGUAAACUUUUGAGAUUGGCCUGGGCCCAAAAUACUCAAGACCCUCGGAUUGCAGUAGGUUCCCAGUCCCCACUAGAAAAGAUGAUUAAGAGUUUAGGUGGUGUCCAUUCUUCAAAAGUGAGGCAACUGUCAGCCCAAAAGUUUCAACAGGAGAAUGAAACAGUUCAUAAACUUAAGACCAUGUCUUUUGACUUCUGGAUUGCCAAAGCAGACGAAUACUAUUAUCAGCAGCAUCAAAAAAUGAUGCAGGAAAAGGCAUGGAAAUACAAAGUCGCUCCGAAAUGGGCAAUUACAACAAAGGAAGAGAGACCACACAGUGAAAAAAGAGAAGAUGCUAAAAAAUGGGACUAUCUCGUGUCUGAGGGGGAGCUGAACCAGAUAAAGAAACACAUACACAGAACCGAACAAGCUAGAGGCCUCAGAGACCCCCAGAAUCGACUACCUCCUCAAAGAAUUCCAAGUGAAGAACUUUUCACCAAAACGUCCACACUAGAGAAGGAUGAGAAGACUGAAAAUAUCCAGAAAACACCCAAAGCUAUAUCCCAAAAGCACAAGGUGGCAUGGGCAAAGGAACAGAUAAAGGGACACCGAGAUCGAAUGACUCGAGGGAGAGAACUCUCAGAGCAAAGAAAUGAUGAACGAGGUGCCCAGAAACUCCUAACCCAAGUUCCUCUCCCAAAACCUCAAGUGGAGAAAGAGGAAGUGAAAGAAUCUGAAUGGGUCACAGCCUAUCCAAUUGUCCAGCCUCACCAGAAAGCACUUACGGAAGUGACUGUCCUGAUGGAAAAGUCAAAAGAGGCCAAACUUAAAAAACCACUUCGAAGAGAGCACUUGAGCAUUCCACCGUUUCUGAAAAGUCAACUAGAAAAAAAUAAAAUUAUUUUCUAG